AUGUCAACAUUUUGGUUUGAUCUGCAGACAUUGACCGUUGCUUUGCACCCCUUCCAAAUCCAGUCCUCAGAAGCCGUAUCUUUUUAUGGGGUACCUGUUGUUAUUUCCGUCCCCACCUCCUUGACCUCUCCUUCUUUCCUCCACAUAGCCUUGAUUGAUUCCACGCAGGUCUCACAAAGAACGUUUUUGCGUUUGACCCCUCCACAUGCGGGACAUCUGUUGAGAGCCUUGUUGUCCUGUACGGCGCGAAGUAUUGAUUCCCAGAGGUGUGGGAGAAGUGAAGGGAUGUUGAGGUGGAUAGUUGUUGGAAUAGUGAUUGCACUGGACAUGCGAGGGAUUGUGGGGAGAAGAGCCUGA